GAGAGAGAGACGUUUAUAGCCAGAAGCAAGUAGAACGAACAAACGCAAAUUCAACAUCGAGGGAACUUUUGAACCGACCGAAAAAGUAGCAAGCAAAUUGCUAAAGCAACAACAACAACAAUAAUAAUACCAACAACAACAACAACGAAAAGAACAACAACAACAACAAGUGUCGCCGUUUCUUAAUGCAAAACAACCAUUCUGUGAUAUCUUAAGAUCCAAAGAUGACAUCGUUAACCUUGCACUUGAUAGUGAUAACGCUGCUGGCGGCGGCAGCGGUGGCAGCCACAAACACAGCGGCGACAACCGGAACUGGAACGGCAACUGGAAAGGGAACGGGAGAAGGAACGCCAACGGCGUCGCGUGUCUUUGGACAACGCGGCAGAGGAGCAGCAACAACAACAACAUCAGUGACAACAACGAGCACGCAGGCGCCAACGUUGCGAGCACCGCGUCAGCGACGUCCGCUGCCAACGACAACGCUGCCCAUUGACGCCAGCAGCGUUCGCAGUCGAGGCAGCUUCAGCGGCAGCACAACACCGCUGCCAGCAACAACGCAACGUCUGCAACGUCGUCGUGGUAGCACAACAACAACAACAACAACGACGACGACGACAACGAGGCCAGCGUUGCAGUCUGGAGGCAACAGCAUUGGACGUGGCAGCAAUCGCUUCAGCAUCAGAGCCGCCCGCCAACCACGCGACACGCCAACGCAAAACGUUGACUUCGACGCCAGCAGCAGCAGCGGUGGCAGCAACAUCGCUGGGAGCGCCAACAACCGGCGCCUGCAGCCACAUCAGUCGCUGUCAUCGGCGGCGUCCUCCAAUCCAGCUGCCGCCGCCUCCUCUUCCUCUUCCACCUUCUCUGCUUCUUCUUCUGCCUCAACACGCAGCAGCGCAGGCGCACUCAAAACGCCGCGCAUGAUCCAGCGUCUGGUGGCCGGACACAUUCACAACGCACAGAGCCACUCCACUUAUGAGGUGUCCGCCGUGAGCGCUAACAGCAGCCGCAGCAGCAGCCUCACUCCAACGACGACGACGACGACGCCAUCGACAUCGACAACGACAGCUUCUCCACAAGACCGACGUCGCAAGGCAAGCAGUUCGUAUCGCUUAGCCAGGCCAGCAUCGAUAGCGACAACAGCAACGCCAACACGCGACGAUGAUGAUGACGAGGCGCUACUGAACGAACCGGAUGACUUUGACAACUGGGACAAUGGCAUACUGCGGCUGAGCGCCGGCUCUGGCAAGGAGUCGGAAGCUUCCAAUGCCAAGGGCAAGCAGAGCAAGGAGGAGUCCAAGAAGACGCUGUCGGAUCAGGUGCGCGAUGGCAAAUACGGUCUCAUCGAAAAGGAACUCUUCCGACGUGUACCGAAGCGUCCCGGUGUCCUGAGUUAUGCCCGGAACUCGGAGGUGCCGCUGGACAAUGAACGCAACUUUGGCGGUCUUAACGAACAGGACAUUUGGCUGGCCGAGGAUCAUCUGCUCGUGAUCAAGGGUGGCAGUUUAAAUGAGGCAGAAAACGAAGCCGGAGGAGGUGGCGGUAUUGGAAGCAACGAUGAUGGCUGGCCGGCAAUUGAUGAUUAUGAUGCGCCGGCGAGGCAAAUUAAAUUGCCAAGCAAUCCGGUGGUGCCGCCUCCAUUUCCCGUGCAGCUCGAACCGCAUGGGCCACUGCAGCUUAUCCGAGAUAAUCAAAUCGAGAGCAUCCAUACGGCGUCAGGCAAUGGCCAAGGCAAUGGAACGCACAUCCACAACGGCCACAGCAAGCAACAUAACCCAAACGCUGCCCACGGCCAGGGGACGCAUUCUGCUACCCGGACGGGAGCGUUUGCGUCGCCUAAGACAGCUGACCCGCAGCCCAGUUACGUCUACCCGGCGCCCUAUGCUCCCUGGCUGCUCUAUCCCAACGAAACGACGCUAUCCCAACAGCCAACGCCGUCCCAGCCGCAUACGCAUAACGCACCUCCGGCCAAUGCUCUGCUAAGAACUCCGCUGCUCGGUCCCUGGUUGAUCAACGGACUGAACGCAACGGCACCUGGCUCCUUGCCUGGCAAUUUCAGUGAUUUUGAUGAGGAUGAUCCCUCGCUCUACUAUCCGCCCGCGUAUAGUUUUGUGUAUCGCAGCAACUACUCGAAUCCUGUGCCGCCAGGACCUUUGGUGCCGGGUAUAGUGUUGCCUCCGCCACCGGAUCACUUUAGUCGCCUCGAGGAACUGCCAGCAAAGACAAAGCUCAAGCAGGCAUCGACAACGACAACAGCGAGCACAACCACAACAACGACAACGACGACAACCACUCGACGUCCCUACAUUCCCCCCACGAGCAGCAGCAGUCCAAGCAGCUCUACCAGCAGUCCCAGCAGCUCUUCUUCCUCCUCCUCCUCCACCACAACACGUCCUGCAUCGCGUCUCUCGCUCAAGUACAACGCAAUUGCCUAUGUGCCGCCUUCUCCAGCCUCACCACCCGCUCCACGCCAGCCAACGCCACCCAAGUAUGUGGAGCGUGUCCCAGUUCCAGUUGCAGUGCCCAUUCCCAUCUAUCCGGUGAACUAUCAGCCAACGACGCCACGAUCACCGUCGCCGCCGCCAGCUCAGCUCGUCUUUGUGCCCAGCACCGAGCGCAAUCUCGUGGAGCGUCCCAGGGAACGUGAGCGGGAGCGAGAACGCGAGCGAGACAGGGAGGCACCUUUGUCCAAGUCCAAUCCCAUUUACUACGAAUACUUCGAGGCCAAGCGGCAGCCAUCGUCCCACAAGUCCAAUGUCAUCGAUGACUUCCUGGCCACCAAGCCGCCGGGCAAACGAACGCAUUACAAAUCGCCCCCGAGUCCCGUUAACGAUGUCGCUGUGGUCAGUAUAACGCCCAAGCCACGCGUUCAGCUGCACUCGGAAUACGAUGCAGCCUUGGGUCAGUUUAUACGCAGCAAUUUGAUUGCACCGCCAGCGGGGACAGGAAGUCGCUUUCAGGCGCCGGACUUUGAUCGCCAGCCAUUCCUACCAAUGGUCAAUUACAGUGCCGACGAGCAGGAUACGAACGCCUUCAAGGCGAUCGUCUAUCAGCCGCAAUCCCCAAGUCCUCAGCCAGUUCAGAGACAACGUCAGUUGCGAGUGGGCAAGCAUCAGCAACUACAACUGGAGCCAGCGCUAGAGUCCGUUCCGGAACAGGGUCAGGGACAGGAACAGGACUCCUAUCUCCCCGAUGCGUUGUUGCUGCAACGUCAGCGCCAACUGCGUGUGGGCAAACAGCAGCUGCAGCUGCAACUCCAACUGCAAUCGCCAUCGCCCUACGAUGCCCCACAAGUUGUCUACAGCACGCCACUGCCGCUCCCUGCCGCCUAUCUGGACAAUCAGCUGCAGUCGCGCCCUGCCAAGUAUCAGUUACGUCCCCCAGCUCCGGCGCCGCUUCAAUACUGGCAACGUCCAGCGGCGCCACCUCCACCGCAGCAACAGCAACAGCAGCAACAACAACAACAGCAAUUCAAGCGCUUGCGACACAGCAGCGCCAAGCAUUCAUAUCCGCCGUACUUUGUGCCCAGUUAUCCGAGUGCACCGGGUCCGGAGCCCUUGUACCGUCUGGUGCCCGUGCCACAGCACAAACACUGGCGGCCGAGUGGCAACGGCAAUGGGAACAAGCAAUCGCAGCAGAUUCAGGUGCAACCACAGCAACACCAACCGCAACAACAGCAGCAGCAAUAUUAUCCGGAUCGUGGCGUGAACAUUGGACACAGUUUGGCCAGCGAUAUUCUGGUGAACUACAACAGCAACAAUCAGUUCAAUCCCCAAGCGGAGCUGGUGCCUCAGGCGCAGUUAGGACCACCUCCCUUGUCCUACCAGGCCCAGAAUGGAGGUCCGCUGUGGUCCGAUAGACCGGUGCGACAGUCGCGUGCCCAGCUGCAGGAGCAGGUUUAAUCUCCAGCCUCCCAGGGAUCAUCCUUGGUUUCUAUGUCAACAAACGCAAAAUGUGAUCCGAGGGCGAAAAACUGAAAAUUCGGAUUAUAAAAUACAGUGUUCCGUUUCCAUUUGUUCCAAGACCACACUAAUAUUAAAUAUCAUUCAUUACAUUAGCUGAAAGUGGAACAACUAGACAGCUACUUUCCAGUUAAAAAUUCAGUGUUCCAAUUUCAAUUGUUUCAUCUGCUUUCUGGAUUAAAAAUGUAAUGUUCCAAGACAACAAAAACCUUAAAUUCUAAAAAAGUGGCUAGGAAUGGAACAAAAAGUCAGUUACAAUUGAACGAAAUUUAUUGCUACAUUGUUUUGUGUCGAAGAAUAAUCUAUUGUUUUCGGUUUCAUCAGCCCUGGACUCAACUACAUAAUAUAAUUAAUACACGAAUGUACUAUAUAAUAUAUACAACUGGUCAGAGAUCUGCCUAGUUUAUCAUUUUCGAAUGCCAAUCAAAUAUUCGAAAUUCCCUAAUAACGAAAUGUUCUUCACAGCACAUUUAUACCAUAUAUUUAUAAAACAAAAAAGAAAAGAUAGACAUCACAUACAACUACAACUACAUACAUUGAAAGCAACAAAAAAAAUUGUGUAAAUACGUUAAGGAUACGACAACAAUUACGAUAACGAUAAAGGUGUGCGCCAAAUAAUCGAGUGCAGAAUUAUUGGAGUGCUACACUUACUAUACUCUUAGUUAAAAACAGAAAAAAAGAAUAAACCUUUUCUUUUAUAUAUUGUAUGUAUCAUUUAAGAUAGCUGUGCUGCAAAAUGCAUAGCAUUUAAAUAUUCAAACUACAUUUAAGGUUUACUUAAUAUUAUUAUAUGCAUCAUUUUUUAAUUUAUUGGAAAAUUCCAUUUCCGACACGUCAACAAAAUUGAAAGCAAAUUUGUAUAAAAGCCAUAAAAAUAAGUUCACUAUAUAUUAGUAAAAACAAAAAACAAACAUUAAGAAAACGGAACAAAGUUUCAAAAAAUCGAUAUAAAAAUGUAAAGGGAAUUAAAUGCAUCAUGCAUAUUCCUCUUAUGCACAAAUAAUCAUAUAUAUAAUACGUAUAUCAACUCUAUACCUAUAUAAAAUU